UCAAAAAAUUGUCGGAGAAGUCAUAGAUGUAAAAAAUGCCUUAUCGUAGUGACAGUUCUAGUGACACUGAGAGCUCUUCAGGGUCCAGUCGUGAUGACCAUCAACGGCAUUCCAGACAGAGGAGCAGCAGUUCCACUCCUCCACAGAGCCAAAAAACAAGAUAUGGUAGAAGUUCACCUGACUACAGUCUUAAGCAAAUGUCAAGGUCACCUGUCAGAAAAAAAUCCAGAUCACCAUUAAGAAGGAGGUCAAAGUCACCAGCAAGAAGAAGAUCCAGGUCACCUGUAACAAAGAAGUUUAGAUCACCAUUUAGACAUAAAGCAAGAUCUAGGUCACCAUUUAGACAUAAAGCAAGAUCUAGGUCACCCUUAAGAAGACGAAUAAAUUCGCCAGUACGUAGAAGGUCUCGGUCUAAAUCUCCACCCAGACGAAAAUCGCCAGAGUAUAGACAAUAUAGACAACCAUCAAGGAGGUCAAGGUCGAUUUCACAGAGUAGGAGGUCAAGGUCACCAGAAUUCAGAAAUCACAGGCCACCAGAUUGGAGAAGGGGAAAUGGACCCUCUGCAGAAAAUGGCCAUGACAGAGGAGGUCAUGAAGGUCAGAUGGAUCGGGGUGGAGAUCGUGGAGGGAGGCAUAACCAAAGUGGGGGUCAUGGAGGACAAGAGGGAAAGGGAGGCAGGAUGUCUAAGAAUCAGCAGUUACCUGAAUUUCUUGACAGACGGCGGUGUGAGAGGGAACGUAUUGGUGUUUGUGGAGCUCCAGAAGUCUGGGGGGCAUCGCCAAAUCAUUUGAUAGAUUCUGAGUCAGACGAGGACAGUAAGAUCAAGAAAAAACACAAGAAAAACAAGUGGGAAUCAGAAUCUGUGAGUGACAGUGAGGACAGCUCAGACUCUGAAGAAGAAAAGAAAAAAAAGAAACACAAGAAAAAAAGCAGUAAAAAGAAGAAGAAGAAAAGCAGCAGAAAACACGGAAAGAAGUACAAAAAGGAAAAGAAGGCCAAGAAAUCAAGAAAAAAGAAAAAAAUAAGUGAGAGUGAAUCUGACAGUGAGAGUUCAGAAGAAGAAGAGAUUGUCUGGGUGGAGAAGAAAAAGAAGCUGGAUGGAGAAGGCAGUGAUGAAGACAUGGUUGGUCCCUCUGAAUAUGUAGAGUCUGCUGCCGCCAAACAGCUAGACUAUGGUAAGGCCCUGUUGCCAGGAGAAGGUGCAGCCAUGGCAGCUUACAUCGCAGAAGGCAAGCGUAUUCCACGCAGAGGAGAAAUUGGUCUCACUAGCGAUGAAAUUGUUUCGUUUGAGGAUAUUGGAUAUGUGAUGAGUGGAAGCAGACAUCGGAGAAUGGAAGCUGUCCGUCUACGUAAGGAAAACCAGAUUUACAGUGCUGAUGAGAAGCGAGCUUUAGCUAAAUUUAACCAUGAAGAACGUUCAAAACGCGAGACGAAGAUCCUAUCACAGUUCAGGGAAAUGGUUAGAAAAAAGACAGGAAAUAAGAACUAGUGUUAAAGUGUUGAUAUGAGAAACAGACUCAAUCAUGUGAUGGUAGGCUAGCCAUUUACUUGUGAGCAUGAGAAUUGUUUCAUUACCAGAUGUUUAACAAAAUCUUUACAGCUUUUAGGAAAACCAAUACAUAUAUUGUAAAUUGUAAAGUUUUGAUUAAAGAAUUUAAUACUAUUGAUAAAA